CGCAUGGAUACAUGUGAUGAAAAUGUAUCUGGUCAUUUCUCGUCAGUACGUGUCCGCCAUGAGCUGAUGGAAAUUAUAUGUGUAUGUGGGACGGGGAAACAAUAAUUUUUCUGGUCGUGAAGACAGCAAAUAAUGUCCUCGGCACCCACCAAAGUCAAGACGGAAUAUAUCUUGCCCAACACCACAUCUCAGGAGAUUCAGCCGUCCCCCCUUGCUCUUCUCGCUGCAACGUGUAGCAAGAUCGGUACAUCUUCAUCUCACGAACAGCAACCCCAAGAAGGAGGUGUUCCUCAGCAGCUAGCCUUACAGCAACAGGCUUCCCAAAUAAGAGUUUUGAACGCAGCCGUUCUCCAGCAGCUGCAAUCACAGCAGCAGGCGGAGGGCAGUGCUACAAUCGUGGCGGCGGGUCAUCAGGCACAGAUCGCCAGAGAUCAUCUUGGCAUCUCGAGCCCAGUAACCGUGCAGCAGCAACAGCAACCCCAAGUCAUCACGCUGUCACAAUUACAGAACUUUCUUCCCAUCCACCAUCAAUCGGGGCAGCAUCACGUGACAGCCGUGGCGUCGACCGAAGGCCCAGCACACAACCAGCAGACGACGCCGGGAACUUCAGGAGGGAAGACUUUCGUGUCGUCUGCUGUUACCCCGACUGUCGUUUCAGUGCAAGGAGUUUCGGGCCAGUUUCUGCAGCAGCAAGGGGCCCAGUUAGUAACUGCAGGUGGACAGAAUCUGGCUUACAAUGUUGUUCAGCCAAUGCAGACGGUGACAGUGGAUGGCCAGGAGGCAUUGUUUAUACCGGCAAUGCCUUCGGGGCAACACCAGACAGUACAACUGGCCGGUGGUCAAGCCCUCAUCACACCCUCGGGGCAAAUCAUUCGGGCUCCAGGAGUUUAUCCAGCCAGUCUGCUGCAAAACGUCAGUGGACAGACAGUGCAAAUGGCCAAUGGCCAAAAUGUCUCGGUUCGACAAGCCAGUAUGCCACAGGUCGUCCAGUUUCCGAUGCAGCAGACCAUACCAGUUCAGGUUCCUAUCUCGACAGCAAACGGACAAACUUUGUAUCAGACCAUUCACUUCCCCGUUCAGGCAUUUGCAACGGCAAUUCCUAAUAUAAUUCAGGCGUCAGGCAGUCAGAUGCAGAUGAUAUCGCAGUUGGGUCAGGUACCAACACAGCAAGUGACUCAGAUCAUCACGCCGUCUGGUCAGAUCCAACAGGUGCAGCUCGCAUCAGUUGCUCAGCUUGGAAGCUUAGCCCAAGCACAAGCUCAGGCACAGGCACAGGCACAGGCCCAGGCCCAGGCCCAGGCCCAGGCCCAGGCCCAGGCCCAGGCCCAGGCAAACCAAAAUAUGAUGGUGCAGGCGGCUGCAGCAGCGGCUGCCAACUCGAAUGCGGUGACUUCUAGCACUUGGAGUACUACAACUGUUACCACUCCGAGCGUCACUGUGCAGACCGUUGCAGCUCCGAGCCUCGUCAGCAGUUCGGCAGGUGCGGACACGACCAACACCCAUCAAGUGACCGUUCAGAGCCAACAGCCAGCCACAGGACAGAGCGUGUUACUGGGGCAUUCUCAGCCACAGCAGAUAACAUUAGCAGGUUCUCAAGGUCAACAAGUGACUGUGAUACCAGCUACAAGUCUCGCGAAUCUCGCUCAAGCUGGGAGUGUUACAGCCAUGCGAGCGGGCAGUAACAUAAUUCAGGUUCCGAACUUAAGUAACCUUCAGGCUAUUCCCCUCCAAAAUAUUCCUGGACUAGGUAACGUGCAGUUGAUCCCAGCAAGUGCGCUUUCUGUCGGAGCACAGAACCAGCUAGGAUUAUCCCCAUCUGGGACGUCAGUGCCCCAGCAUGGCCCCCCACAGUCGACCAUAUCCGCAGUUCCGACCCUACCGCCUGGCACACAGAUCAUAGCUACCGGACAACACAUCCAGCAGGAUCCAAAUGACCCCAACAAGUGGCAAGUGAUAACGACCACGGGUCAUGGUAAUCCGCAUAUUCAGCAGUCAAACUUGCCUGCUAAUAAUCAGGCAACUGUGUCGUCAGUUGUCGGUAAUGAAUUAACAGGAGAGGCUACGCACAAAGCCAGGGUCCGUCGUGUGGCGUGCACGUGCCCUAACUGCAGUGACGGCGAAAGAAGUGGGGACCGCAAGAAACAACACAUAUGCCAUGUUCCUGGGUGUAACAAGGUGUAUGGGAAGACAUCACAUCUUCGAGCUCAUCUGCGAUGGCACACGGGAGAAAGGCCUUUUAUAUGUAGCUGGAUAUUCUGUGGAAAACGAUUCACACGCUCAGAUGAACUACAGAGGCAUCGGCGAACGCACACGGGAGAGAAAAGGUUUCAGUGCUCGGAGUGCAGCAAAAAGUUCAUGAGAAGCGAUCACCUGUCCAAACAUAUCAAAACUCAUACCAAGCAGAGGAUAACGGGAUUUGAUGAGAACGAGAGGAGUGAGAAAGCUGUUUGGAUACCAGAUGGUGCGUGUAGUGGGCUGUAUUCUUUGAAACAAAUUCAUUUUUCUCAGGAAGCAGCCACAUCAACGCAGUCUGUGUCGUCAGAUGGAAGUUCUUCAAAUGAAGAAAAAAUGAUGAUCACAAUACAGACUGAAGCUGAUCAGUCGGACCUAGCCAUCAAUGACGCUGUGGAGUCAUCAGUAUCAAACUAGAAUCUCACUUAUCGAGUAUGCCCGUAUCGUUGCCUUUCUUGCUAAUGCAGCACAGUUCCAUAUACAUAUGGGCUUCUCAUCAUGCACCAAGGAAGUCACUCAAGAUAUCCAAAUUGAGAUGUGUAAGAUGCAGAUUUCAAUUUGUAUUCACAAGGAAAUUUAAAAUAAGUUUUAUUAA